AUGGCUCCCAUGAAGGCCAUGAAGAAAAAGGCGGAUGUCGCGCAAGCUCCCGCGAUGAAGGCAAUGAAGGUGGUGGGCUCCUCCUUGGGACUGCCACCACAGCAACGGCACCCGCAGCUUCGCCGUGGAGCUGGAGUCUCUGCGGUUGCUGGCAUCACCAUCGCCCAGAAGCCAACGUGGCUGGGCACCGGGCCGUGCUUGAAGCGAUGCACACUCUUACAAGCGCUUCCACACUGCGGAGAUGACAGGCGAGCAAAGACGCACUUUCUUCCUUGGCUGCAGCGUGGUCGGGCUUGCGGCCAUCGGCACCUCCAAGGCUUUGGGAUCCGUGGAGCAAUGCGUGCCGGGAAGCGGCAGAUGACGAUCAUGUGA